AACUAGGCUGCAAAUAUGGCGGAGGGACGAACAGAUGUUGAUGUUUUUCGUCCAAGCAUUCUGUCGUUGAAAGAGCUCUGCUUGCAUUCUCAGAGGAACCGUACUUUUAGGAAAAGAUGUCUUAAUCUUUUUUGCGUGAAUUUUGUGUGCUUGACGUCGACAUAACAAAGCAAGCAGAUUGGUUCAGACAACGUUUUAGUGACCAAGGGAUCGGCCAGCCAUUUGCCUCUGUGUAUGCUGAGAGCUCAGCAGUGUUUAAACAAACCCUGACCUGCAGCCCAACUUCGUCACACUCUGGCUUAGCUUUCAACGCAUUGCUUCUCAAAUUUAUUAAUUGGGGCUCUGCGCUGACACGUAAGCCUGCAAAACGGGUUGUUCAUUCAUUUGCUUGUUUGGCCCCCUCCUCAACUUCAAAAUUCCCCGCCAGUCUAUUCGAUGUCUGUCCAGUUCGGCAAAAAUGGUGAAGACUUUUCAGGCAUACCUGCCAAACAAGUGUCACCGCACCUAUAGCUGUCUGCACUGCAGGGCACAUCUGGCCAACCACGAUGAAUUGAUUUCAAAGUCAUUUCAAGGCAGUCAAGGGCGUGCCUACUUGUUCAAUUCUGUGGUAAAUGUUGGCUGUGGUCCUGCAGAGGAACGAGUUUUGCUCACUGGCCUUCAUGCUGUCGCAGACAUUUAUUGCGAGUGCUGCAAAACAACGCUGGGCUGGAAAUACGAACAUGCCUUUGAGUCCAGCCAAAAGUACAAGGAGGGCAAAUACAUCAUAGAGCUUGCCCACAUGAUCAAAGAUAACGGAUGGGAGUGAUCAUGUGACUUAUGUCUCUUCACUUUUCAUUGGCCAGAGUAUCUCUGUGAGCUUUUCUAAAGCAGAACACUGCACACAUUAGUGUCUGUAAUCAUGUAGUCCAAGAGCAGGUCAGCAGGCAGUCUGCUUGCUGGCCUCUUAUGUCUUCAUUGGAUUUUGACAGACAUCGUCCAUCCUUUGUGAUGUGAAACUGUGAAUUGUGGUCAGGCCUGUCUCAUUUUGGCAGGCCAGUGACUGGGGUCUGCAGCACAAGAUUCAUUCCUUUGACCAUUCAAGCAACCACACUUUGUUUCUUGUGUAGUGACUUUAGCCCAUAGUCCUUGGCAAAAGGAUAUAGUAAAAGAAAUUCAAGUGAGUUUCGAAAUUUGACCCCAAGAAACAACCCACCAGUGCUUUCAUGACUACACUGACAACUCCCCCCUUGUCUCAAAUGAACAUUGUGAAAAUAUUUUCUCUUGAUGAAAGAAAGACGUCUGUGAAGGCAUCUCUUUAUCAAGGGACUCUUUCUUAAAAAAAAAGAAAAAAAAAAAAGAAAAGAAAAAAUUGAACUUUCACCCUAUAGAAAGAUUUGCCAUGGACAGUUAAUUUCCAUUUUUGAUAGGAAUGGAACGAUGGCAGCUGUAGGGCAAGUAAAUUUAGAGUACAGAGACCUGGGAUGGAGGCAAGAAAAUCCAAACAAAUAAAAAAAAAACCCCUGCCUUUUAUACAACUCAGCUUCGAUUCAUUCAGUGCACGGCUUGAGCUAUUUUAGUACUGAGAAGAUUUCUUUGUGUGGGAAGGUGACAAAGACUGAAGAGAUCUCAUUUUCCUAAAUUUUUCUAAUAUUUAUUAAUUUCGUUUGUUUUUAAUUUUUUUUUUCUGUUUUUCUUUCUGUUCUGUUGUACAGGGUUGGAAGGGAUUUUGAAGAAGCUGGAUUGGAUGGGGUUGAGGAGAGGUGGGAAUGGACAGAUUGAAAGUAAAGAGGGGAGGUUCUUUUGUGAGAUUAGGCACACUAACAUGGCUUCAUAAGGUCCACAUGUACAUAGCCUUUCCUGUGCUUUGCGAAAGUGCAGUUUGUGUCGGCAUUUGGCACAAAAGAGAGAGAAAGCUAAGGGGAGGGACAUUGGGUGCUUGCUGUGAUUUUUGCUAGAGGGACUCUACAUCCUUCAAUGCCAAAAUGAGGUGGAGUCCUCAGUCACCCAAAUUGUAUUUUGUAUAUUCAUCCAUUAUAUGUUUUGGUGUUCAUGUGUUAGUAGUGCUUGAUGUCGUUUCCAAGUGAGAUGUUGUAUUGAGUGUGCCCUAUGGUAUGUAGCAUUUUUUUUCCCUUGUUUUCAAUUUUGUAAACAACUUGAAUUGGCAUUGUAGCUGGAAAAGUACACAAGCUAUGCUGAUCAUAUGAGCACCUAAACACCUUAAAGAAGCAGUUCAUUUCAGUGUAUAUAAAUGUUUAUUUAUACUGUUUUUUUCGCAAGCUUUCAAUGCAGUAGAAAACAUUAAACGUGUGAAAACAAAUGCUGCAGUCAAAACAUAA